AGUGCGAACCAAAAACAACAUUAGAUUUUAGAUAUUGUUGACCUUAUUACAUGUACAAUUAACUUUUGUUUUUUAAUCUUCGUCAUUGUAUUUUUUCUAAACAGUUGAAAAAAUAUAGAGAGAUGCAGGAUUAAGUGACAUUUAAAUAAAUUAGUAUCAUUAACGCUUGGAACAAAUUUUCCUUAGUAAUUGUUAUCAUCCGGAGGCAAACUGGAACUGAUCAAACUUCAUGUCUGUCUUUAAUUCACAUCCAGUAAAAUACUGAUUAUUACCGAAGAUAGGCGGCUAGUUUGCUAAUUAAUAAAUAAAUGCAAUUCACUGGAACGAGAAGUUCGAUGUUGGUUCUUAGUUGAAUAACAGUGUUUCUAAGUUUUUACUUCUAUUCAAAAUAUUAACAGUGAAAAUGGUUGAAGCAAGUAAAUUCUGGUUUGAAAAAUCAUGCAGUGAUUCCGAUUGUCACACUUUGAUUCAUCCCUGGACGCGGACUUGCUCCAAUGCAACUUCCUCUAUGUUAUUGAGUUGCAUAAAGGGCAGUUAUAAGUUUUAUGCUAUGGUGUAUAUUAUACAAAUUCUUAUGAGAGGAAAGAAAUUAACCAAAGAGGAUGUAUUGGAGCAAUUUAAGCUUUAUUUAAAAUCUGGAAUUUUUGGUCUCACUGUUGGUAGUUCAUUUGUAACUUUAAAUUGUAUAUUUAGGAAACUGUUCUUCAGUCAAUUUACAUACUACACAACAGUUCUCCUACCAUGUACAUUAAGUGGAGCUGCAGUCUAUUUUGAACCACCAUACAGAAGGGUUAUGGUUGCAAAUCUAUUUGUCAAUCUGGUUUUUGAAUACUGGAUACGCACACUAGAGAUGAAAGGCUGGCUUCGGCGCUCAGCUAGCCGGGAGACACUUAUAUUCAUGCUGGGUAGUUCUCUCUUCUUCUAUCUUAUGCGUUUAGACAGAGAUAAUAAAAAGAGGACUCCUUUAUUCUGGUUUUUCACUCCACCACGGGUAUCUAAAGAGGUUGGCGAACCAAUGGACGGUAUUAAGGGAAGGAGUGAUGCCUGUCCACAUAAGGGACCAUGUGUGAACUAUAUUUUAAAGGGUGCAGCGCAACUGUUCGGAGUAGGCUGUGCCAUGUCAAUGGUACGCACUAUCAUUCCAAGAAUUUUGACGCCGACUAAAGCUCUGAAGUCCUUGAAGCUAUCAAAUUUCAAGCUUGGUGUUUUCUUCGGUGGUUAUAUAGGAAUUUAUAGGCUGAUAGUAUGUCUGUUAUGCCGCUCUACGGGCCGAGACAGCGCGUUACACGCAGUACCAGCGGGCUUCCUGGCAGGCGCCGCGCUUAGGGCUUCUCCCUCGCUGCCUAUAGCGCUCGCGCCUCUCACGUCUUCUCUACAGAUUCUAGGUUCAUGGGGCUACCAGAAAGGUCUCAUACCGGAGCAGUGGCCUUUAGUAGAACUAGUCUACUGCAUAUGUCAGGGUAUACUCUUCCACGCUAGGGUAAUGCAUGAAGACGCCUGUCCACGCUACAUCAUCAAUCUGAUGCAUACAGUUACUUCUAAUAAGGCGGAUGAAAUCCAGGGUGCUUUUAUCCAGAAAAUAUUAGCGCAUGGCGGUGGCAUGUAAGAGCUUGUAAGGGAUAAGAUAAAGUUAGCGUGAUAACCUGUGAUUUUGUUAUAAUGAGCAUCACAUUACUAAUUUCAAUGUAAUGAAUCAAAGAAUAGUUCAAUAAAAAAUAAUUUUCUAUAAUUUCGGCAAGUAAACAAUUAUACGAAGCAGUCACCGCGUAUUCGAACGUUAUAUGUUCGUGUUUCUGUUUAGUUCCAAAUACGCUCACCGAGCGCUGCUCAGAUUUUCUACACAACAGUUUUAUUCAUUUGUAGAGAAACAACACUAACAAUAGAACAAAGUAAAUGUUGACUAUAGCUAACUUUAGGGGUCGGCUUUUUGUGACGGUGUGCGCGCACGUCGUAAAAAUUUACACUCAUCAUUUUUACCUAACGCGCCAAAAGAAGUAUAACUUCAAAAAUGGAUUUUUAAAUGAACAAAGAUUGCUUUCACUUGUAUUGUUACCAAUACAGAUAGAUACAAUGAAAUGAACAAAAAGUAAUAAUUAUUUUAUAAUAUACAAGUUUAGAAUGCAACCGUGGCAUAGGACGCAUUUGACCAAUUAUGGCCUAAGCCACAAAAUUGUUAUAACAGAAAAACCAUACUCAAAAUGUGUCCCUUAAGUUAAAUAGGAAAUUGUGAUAGUUGGGGCGAGGUAAUUUUAAGAUUCUGCAUUUAGAUUUUAUUGUAAUUUAUGGUGUUAUAAAUAUAUUUGUCUCUCAUAUUUCUACAAUGGGAUUUGGUUAGCAUAACCCGUAACUUGUACAAGUAUUCAAAAUUCCGAAAAUGAUUCCGAUCCUAUAUGCCUCUUAAAAACUUUGAUAUCAAAGUAUUAUCGCUUAUUAUAAAUAUAAUUUUAUGUAGCAAGUGUUAUUGCAAUUAAAAUCAUUAUUUUAUGUGAAAAUUAGAUUAAACUCUAACAAUAUUAACUUUCAAAUGAUUCCAAGAAUCAAACGCUUUAAUUAUUUUAGAUACAAUUAUUUGUCUGGUGGUUUAAAUAAUAUUUUAUCAUUACCACAUUGAAUAAUAUUAUUCCGUUAUUGAGAAUAAUAGGAAAGAUUUUCGGAAUUCUGAAAAUACCUACUGGGCUCAGAAUCUGCUGUUAGAUCAUUUUAUAUUUAUUUUGUAUAAAUAAAUACUAUUAUGAAGGCUUAAUACCUACAACUAUUUAUUCAAACUAUACAUCAAAAUAUAAGAUGCGGCUAACGUACAUAUGCCAAUGUUACUUAAACGAAACGGACUUUAAUUAAUAUAUGUUUAAACUACUGGGGGUGAGAAUAUACGAAAGACGAAGACGAAACGAUCGUUGCGUUCGUAAUAUGACGCAUCAUCGCGCGUAUUCGUACAGAGAUUCUGUUGACCAAUCACAGUCGAAUGGAGCGCACAAUUGUAUAUUCUCACCUCACAGGAAAUGAGCCAGUUUAAUUUCGAAAACUUGACCUGUGGCAUCAAUAGAUUGUGAUAUUACUUACAAAUAUAUUGAACACUCUAAACCAUUCAUUAUUUCGAUAGACAGUAAAAUUUUUGUUAUUUGUAAGUUAUAAAUUACUAUUUUUAUUUUUACAAUUUGAAUAAAAUUGCAGUUUUGUUUUCAAAGUUCCCUUGAUAUUUGCCAUUUAUAGUAAAGGUAACAUUUAAAUAUAAUCAAUACAAACUAAAAUAGCAAACUCGGGGCCCAGUUUUAAGACCUCAACAAAGACAUUUGAUCUAAGAAAAGUUGACACUAGUAGAUUAACUAUAAUUUAAUUUUUUUUACCAGUAAAUCAGAUUCAAUUUUAGAACAAAUUAAUAUAGAUUUAAGAAAUGGUUGAAGAUGACAUUUUAAGAGGGUUCU